UGACGUAUUCGCGGUUACGUCACAAGAGCUCACGGCUGUAGUGGACGUCAUUAAGUCAGCCUCGCCCGGGCCGCGGGGACUUUGAACGCGGUUGCGUUUAACCGAUAUGACGUCAUCACGUCACCCUCGCCCGGGCCGCGGGGACGUGCUGCUGUGAACGCGGUUGCGCUGGGGCGUGAUGACACCAUCACGUCACCCUCGCCCGGGCCGCGGGGACGUGCUUGCUGUGAACGCGGUUGCGCUGGGGCGUGAUGACGUCAUCACGUCACCCUCGCCCGGGCCGCGGGGACGUUGCUGCUGUGAACGCGGUUGCGUUGGGGCGUGAUGACGUCAUCGCGACACCGCGUCCCUGCAAUGGAGAACCUCGAUGGAGGAGACGGUGGUGGAGGCGGCUGCGGCGGCGGCGGCGUUGUCGGCGGCGAGGAGUUCGCGCAGUGGUGCGUCAAGUACGCGGAGGCGCGCCGCCUCUCCGAGGUCGAGGCGAAGCGCGACCCGCACGGGGAGCCCUUCAAGUCGAAGUACGCGGCGCGGGAGCUGCUCUACGAGCUCAAGCGGGCGCUGAGCGGGCGCGGUGAGGGGGGAGGAGGAGGAGGAGGCGGCGACGAGGAGGAGCGGCGGCAGCAGCAGGAUCAGCAGCGGGAGGAGGGCGAAGGGUGGGAGGCCACCGGGGCUGCCGCUCCGGGAGGUCGCGGGGAGCGCCUGCUGAGCGCCGCGCUGGAGCUGCAGAUCGGGGUGAACCUCAUGGAGACGGAGGAGCUGGCGGGCGCCGAGGAGCACCUGGAGGCGUGCCUGAGCGGCCUGCGGGCCGAGGGGCUGGCGCCGGAUGCCGUCUCCGUGCUCAUGCACGCGCAGAAUCAGCUGGGAAUUUUGUGGGCAAACCGGGACGACAUGAGCAAGGCACGAGUCCUUCUUGAGAAUUCCGAGGCCCUUUACAAGACCUUCAUGAAAGAGGUUGGAACUCCUCCGUUAGACAUCCACGACUUGUUUACAAGAGAUGAUGACAAAUGCUCGGAGCAACAACGAAGAUUAAGGUUUGAGCUUGCGCACACCCACACCCUCUACUACCUGGCUCAAGCGUACAAGAGCGGCGAGGAGAACGAGAGGGCUGCACGCUACUGCCAUUUGACACUGCAGCGUCAACUCCAGUGGCAGCACUACGACCCUGUUGAGUGGGCGACCAAUGCCGCCACUCUCUCCCAGUACUACGUGGCCCACCAACGGUACCGCGUGGGCCGGCACUGUUUGGCAGCCGCAGAGGUGGUGUUGAGUCAGGCCAAGACUCCUGUGGACACCGAGGAGGCGGAAGAUAUGGACUGCGCGCAGAGGAUUGCCCAACGACAGGCGGAAGUGGCGCGCUGCUGGAUCAAGUACUGCCUGAACCUGCUGGAGGACUCGCGCAAGCAGCUAGAGGAUGACAUCAGUGAGCUGGACACUGAGCGGCAGUUAGAACUGCACGCAGAGCGUCAGCGCCAGCACGAGCAGGGUAAUGGUGACAUGGACGGGGACUGGAAUGGAAACAAUGAAGGUAGCGACGGUGCAGAUAUAAAGUUCAGCAGCCUGGUGAGUGCUGCCGAUAUGUUGGAGGCCUUGGCUGGAGCAGAAGAGCGUGUUCCGUGCCGCAAAGCACUCAGUUUCCAGGAGGCGCGAGAAAUAUUCCUAUUUGGGCAGGCACGUGUGACACAAGCCAAGGAAUUCUUCGUGCUGGACGGCCAUGCUAGCGACUACGUGCAGAUAGUGCGCGAUCAGAGUGCUCUGUUCAAAGCACUCGCCUUCUUCGAGGAAGAUCUGGAGAGGCGCUGCCGCAUGCAGAAGCGACGUGUGGACAUGCUGGAGGGCCUCUACACGCAGCUCAACCCCCAGUUCUACCUGACGGCGUGCCGCCAGUUGUGCUUUGAGGUGGCCGACACGUACUACGACAUGAUGGAUCUCAAGGUGGCGUUGGCGAACCACGCGGAGCAGUUGCAGCCACAGACCGUCAAGAAGAUCAACCUGCUGGCGCGCGCGGCCCUUACGCACUACCAGAAGUUCCUGGACUCGCUCUGCAACUCGCGGGGCGAAACGCCAGCGACGUUGGACAUCGACGUGGUCCGCCCGGCGCUUGUGGCAAAGUUCCGCAUGGGUCGGCUGCACAGCAAAUUGAUGGUGUCCGACACGGCGAGCAGGCUUGCCAACGCGCGCCUGUCGCUCGAGUGUUACCGUUAUGUGGUGGAUUACUGCGACCAGAAUCCAGAUGUCGAAGAAUUGGCACAGCCGGAGCUGGAGCUCAGCAGGGAAAUGGUCACUCUGCUGCCUGCCAAGAUACAGCACAUGGCGGCUGGCAGCCAGGCCUUCAACUAGAGCAGUCACAUAUGUGUGCUUCCUGUACAUGACGACAAUAGCACUAUUUCCAAUGUUCCAUCAUGGGAAACUACAUCUAAGUGUUUGACGUUCUGUAAUUGGAGCGAUAAAAUCUAGUUAUUUAUUUAUUUUAAAGUUAGAGUUUAGUUUUUUUUGCAUGCCAAUUUGUUAAUUUAAACGGGUCAAAAUCAUCCCUGAUGUUCUCAUUCUUUUGACUGCUAUUAUUUCCAAUAAGUUCUCCAAUACAAUGUAAUUUUGUGUUUCAUCAUUUGCAGAAUGCAGGGUCCUCAGACCACCUUAAGCUUGGUUGGUGGAUAGUUUUCAACAAUGUGCUUCAUUGUCUGUAUUGUGCCGCUGUUACAGUUCUGGUUGUCGUGAAAGCCCCUCCAGUGCAGGCUUACUACAAACAGGCCUUGGCCAGUUGGGAACUUGGGAUGAGCAGAGUUAAGGCACGGCGCCGAAGUUCAAACCCAGCUGGGCAGAUCGUGGGGUCGUCCACGAGGAUUCGGUUCCUGUUGACGAUGCAAGCCACUCGUGCUACGAAGACCUUGCCGGUACAUCCUGGCGGGGCACGUUGGUCCACGGUGGGUGCUGUGAUGACAGGCAGCAGUAGGUGGGCUAAAGAGAGCAACGUCCAGCGCAGACUUUGGUUGUCGCGAAUCCUGUCCCGGUAGCGUGCCAUUCGCAGCCUUCCGACGGAUAUGUGGAACUGGUGGCUAAGGGAUGGGAGUCGGUUGAUGAGCUCCUGAGAUGACACGCAUUGCCGAAUGUGCGGAUCGUGUCUCACCCUCUUGUCUUUUGAGGCAAAUGUUCAGUUCGUGGCAGCACUAGCAUUGUGACGGUGUAACACACACGACGCCAUCUUGGUAACACUCGGCAGAAGACGCUGCAUCUUCCAUCGUUUAGUGGGUGUGUGGGAGGUUGUUGGUGUCGUGGUUAAACAAGGUAGCCACAAGAAUGUGACUAAGGAAGACUUGAUUUACCUCCUUAGAGCAUUUGGUUUUUUUCCCAUGUAUACUCUGAACCACCUGUCAUGCAGAAGUAGUUUGAUGAUAUAAACCAUGCAUCUCAGCAGGAUUCUGAACAUCUUAAGCAGGCCACUGUUCCCGACUGUCAUAGGCAGUUGUUAGGUUCAGUAAAACUGCCAAUGUCUUGAAGUAAAAAAAAAGUUCUCGAUUAAUGUUGUAGGCAUCAGCACUUGUUCAUAUGUGCUAUAGCCUCGUCAGAAGCCAGCUUUGUUUGACACUCAGGAUGUCUUCCACUUCUGGUGAUCUACGUUGGAGGAUUGGACAUUGCAAGACUUUGAAGCACGCAGAGGGCAGUGAUGUCGGCCACUUGCUCGCAGCAAGGGUUAAGUCUUUGCCCGGUUUCGGAAAGGGCGACGACUUUGAACUUGUGGUAGAUCUUGGUUUGGCGUGAACGUUGCGCACCUUUGUACCGGUGGCUGCCGGGCCGCUUCCAGGUCGACGAAUUAAGACUCCCCGUUUCUGACUAAAUCUGGUGAAGCCAAGCUCCUCUGUUGCCUCAGGUUUGGUUUAUCCAAUAAAUAAAUAUCGUGCCCAUUAUUAAUAGUAUUUUGUCAUAGAAAUGCCUGACGAUGCAUGGGACAUCAUAUGGCAGUUGAUAUAAUGUGGUGGUGGUUGGUGGCUGAAAGGAUAGUAGUUGUAACUUGUUCAAGUGUCUGUUAAUGUCAUGUGUUUGUGUUGUCAUAAAGAAGGAACAAAUGGAAAGGUGUGGUGGUAUCAAUUGCAUUGGCGAUGAUCUCAUAAAUUGACCUUCAACGGACUGUUGGAGUUUGUCAAGGCUGAAUUGGAGAUUUGGUAUACAGACAAGCUCAGGGGCGGAGCCAGGAUUUCAGGCCGGGGUGACAUUCAACAAAUUUUAAUUUCAAGAAUGAUUAGAGAGUCAGGCUUUUGAACUGGACACCAUCGGUUGGCGACACACUCCGACAAUGCAGUUGCACGGAGUCCGCCAGACCGAGUGUCGUACACUUGUACGCAGAAUGUCACCCCUGUCACCCCCCCUGGCUCCGCCCCUGGACAAGCUCAUUCGCUCGCCUAUAGAAUGUGGAGUCUCAAUCAAAAUAAACAAUUUUGGCAGUAGCUCUGUGGACCAGCAAAUUCUCAAUCUUGACGUUCCACGUAUAAAUAACAAUAUUGUUAUAUUUGAAUACUGGCAAGAAAGGUCCCGUAUUAAUUACUGGAUAAGUCUGUUCAUCCGUCCUUCUCUUCGAGGUCAAUGCAAUUAAUACCUCGAGGUGAGCACCAUUUUGUGGAAAGUUCAAAGUUGGUUCAUGGAUAGAGUUGUCCAGCAUGUAAGUAAUUGGAAUGUACACCACUGGCUUAAGACCAUCAAAGGAAAUUGAUACUGCUUGGUGUUCUUCAAGGCAUGGGAGGCACUGAUUGGACGAUGCUAUGCUCACGAAUAAGCUAAGUAGUGUUGAUCCUGGAGAGUGCUUGUGUCGGUGACCACCAUGCAUGAACAGGCGAUGUGGGCGAUCGAGGGCAGUGCAGCAAAAACCACGUUCUCUACUGCGCACACCUUUACCAAACCACACUGACCAGCGCGGUGAAGUCUGGCCAAAUAACCCUCGCUGCCUGCACGGCAUGGGGAGCCCUCAUCCAGCAGCGGAUUGACAAAUGGGUUGUUCGUAAAGGUGGAAUUAGCAUAAAGUAGAAUCGAUGCUUUACUGAACUUUAAUGUUUAACAACGUAAUCUGUAAAAUGUCAAAUAUAUUGUCUAGAUUGAGCUGCUAUGUAUAUACUGUAAAUACUUUCUGUCAGGCUACCCUGUGAGUACAUGUUUUCCCAUAAUGCUGUGAAACGUUAAUAUUUAUAUAUUUUUCAUCUUGGCACGUAUUAUUUAGAGGUUGCCUGGUGGCUUAAGAGUGCCUAGCCAGCACUACCGAGGGCCUGGCUUUAUCAGAAUGAGAGAUCCAGGGCAGUGGAUGACGUCACCCUUGGUUACCACUGACUGCACCCAAUUUUGUUUUAUUUGGUCUUGCACUGGAUUUAUAUCGGGUUGACUGUCACGCAAUGAACAUUUAUUCCCUGUAGUAGACUGGGUGGAAAGGUGCCCCCUCCAAAGAUAUUUGAGAAGUCGUUCUGUGACGGCUCCUUCUGCAGGCCACUCUAACAUGGGUGAAGGAUUCAUCCAGGAGAUUUCUCAACGAAUCCUUUGUAUAUUGACAUGAAGUUGAAAGUGUCAUUGAGAUACAAAUAUAAUUGUGUCAUCAAUGUUUUUUUCUCAUUGUGCUCGUGUUUUCAGAUGGUAGGAAUUCUAUCGUUGAUGUUUUUGUUGCAAACUGUACGUUCUUUCUUGUGCACCUGAUUAUCAUUGAUUUUUAAGUAGCAUCACUUCAUCAUGAACAGACAUUGUCCAAGCAUCAUAAUUGUUUCUCAUAUUUGAUUAGUCUAUUUUUCAAACGCUGCUUAGCAGCCAGUAUUAACCUAUUAUAUAAAUGUGUAACGUCAAGGGAAUUUAAUAUAAAAAAUAUUGCAAGUGCAUUUAAAAGUAACACAAGUACUGUUGCAAUGUCCUAUUUAAUUACAUAUUGGAAAACGUGUACGUGGGUUUUAGUGUUGUGGCUUUGUGUCUCUGUGCUCGGUUUGUACAAUAUUACACUCAAGGAAGAUGCAAACCCAUAAAACAAAUAGCUAUUAUAUAACAGAUACUUGCCAAGGCUGUGUGCUGGGCUGUCCAAAAUGACCUUGAAGUCAUGUUAGUUAGGAAAACAGACUUCAGAAUUAUAGUGACAUUCCUUCAGUGAGAAUGCUUAGUUUAAAUAAAAUAACAUUUUCGUGUUGCUUCUUCCUAUAAUCUCCACAGGAAAUAAUAUUUGUGACUGCUUGAAUGCAGCCUUUUUUGUUUUUUGUUAAACGAAUAAAGAAGUCGCAUGGCACAGUCA